AUGGAUGUGUCCGACUGCCCGUCUGUUUGUGCUGGCUGGUGUUUAAAUGAGUAUCUGCCAGGUGCUGGCUGGUGUUUAAAUGAGUAUCUGCCAGGUGCUGGCUGGUGUUUAAAUGAGUAUCUGCCAGGUGCUGGCUGGUGUUUAAAUGAGUAUCUGCCAGGUGCUGGCGGGUGUUUAAAUGAGUAUCUGCCAGGUGCUGGCGGGUGUUUAAAUGAGUAUCUGCCAGGUGCUGGCGGGUGUUUAAAUGAGUAUCUGCCAGGUGCUGGCGGGUGUUUAAAUGAGUAUCUGCCAGGUGCUGGCGGGUGUUUAAAUGAGUAUCUGCCAGGUGCUGGCGGGUGUUUAAAUGAGUAUCUGCCAGGUGCUGGCGGGUGUUUAAAUGAGUAUCUGCCAGGUGCUGGCGGGUGUUUAAAUGAGUAUCUGCCAGGUGCUUGCUGGUGUUUAAAUGAGUAUCUGCCAGGUGCUUGCGGGUGUUUAAAUGAGUAUCUGCCAGGUGCUUGCUGGUGUUUAAAUGAGUAUCUGCCAGGUGCUUGCGGGUGUUUAAAUGAGUAUCUGCCAGGUGCUUGCGGGUGUUUAAAUGAGUAUCUGCCAGGUGCUUGCGGGUGUUUAAAUGAGUAUCUGCCAGGUGCUGGCGGGUGUUUAAAUGAGUAUCUGCCAGGUGCUGGCGGGUGUUUAAAUGAGUAUCUGCCAGGUGCUGGCGGGUGUUUAAAUGAGUAUCUGCCAGGUGCUGGCGGGUGUUUAAAUGAGUAUCUGCCAGGUGCUGGCGGGUGUUUAAAUGAGUAUCUGCCAGGUGCUGGCGGGUGUUUAAAUGAGUAUCUGCCAGGUGCUGGCGGGUGUUUAAAUGAGUAUCUGCCAGGUGCUGGCGGGUGUUUAAAUGAGUAUCUGCCAGGUGCUUGCUGGUGUUUAAAUGAGUAUCUGCCAGGUGCUUGCGGGUGUUUAAAUGAGUAUCUGCCAGGUGCUUGCGGGUGUUUAAAUGAGUAUCUGCCAGGUGCUGGCGGGUGUUUAAAUGAGUAUCUGCCAGGUGCUGGCGGGUGUUUAAAUGAGUAUCUGCCAGGUGCUGGCGGGUGUUUAAAUGAGUAUCUGCCAGGUGCUGGCGGGUGUUUAAAUGAGUAUCUGCCAGGUGCUGGCGGGUGUUUAAAUGAGUAUCUGCCAGGUGCUGGCGGGUGUUUAAAUGAGUAUCUGCCAGGUGCUGGCGGGUGUUUAAAUGAGUAUCUGCCAGGUGCUGGCGGGUGUUUAAAUGAGUGUCUGCCAGGUGCUGGCGGGUGUCUGCCAGGUGCUGGCGGGUGUUUAAAUGAGUGUCUGCCAGGUGCUUGCGGGUGUUUAAAUGAGUGUCUGCCAGGUGCUUGCGGGUGUUUAAAUGAGUGUCUGCCAGGUGCUGGCGGGUGUCUGCCAGGUGCUUGCGGGUGUUUAAAUGAGUGUCUGCCAGGUGCUGGCGGGUGUUUAAAUGAGUAUCUGCCAGGUGCUGGCGGGUGUUUAAAUGAGUAUCUGCCAGGUGCUGGCGGGUGUUUAAAUGAGUAUCUGCCAGGUGCUGGCUGGUGUUUAAAUGAGUAUCUGCCAGGUGCUGGCUGGUGUUUAAAUGAGUAUCUGCCAGGUGCUGGCUGGUGUUUAAAUGAGUAUCUGCCAGGUGCUGGCUGGUGUUUAAAUGAGUAUCUGCCAGGUGCUGGCGGGUGUUUAAAUGAGUAUCUGCCAGGUGCUGGCGGGUGUUUAAAUGAGUAUCUGCCAGGUGCUGGCGGGUGUUUAAAUGAGUAUCUGCCAGGUGCUGGCGGGUGUUUAAAUGAGUAUCUGCCAGGUGCUGGCGGGUGUUUAAAUGAGUAUCUGCCAGGUGCUGGCGGGUGUUUAAAUGAGUAUCUGCCAGGUGCUGGCUGGUGUUUAAAUGAGUAUCUGCCAGGUGCUGGCUGGUGUUUAAAUGAGUAUCUGCCAGGUGCUGGCUGGUGUUUAAAUGAGUAUCUGCCAGGUGCUGGCUGGUGUUUAAAUGAGUAUCUGCCAGGUGCUGGCUGGUGUUUAAAUGAGUAUCUGCCAGGUGCUGGCUGGUGUUAUUUCCAUAAAAGUAGGUGA